GCGCGAAAUUUGCAGCAAAAGGAAAUUACAUUUUUGAGGAAUCAGCUAAACUCGCAAUCAAAACAGUGGUUUAUGUGAAACAAAAUUUAAUUUACAAAAUUCACCAAACAUGGCCACAGCAGAGCAGAAACUCUUGAUGCAGAUGAUCCGAAAGUUGGGGUUGGCCGAGAACGAACAGCUGGUUCCCAAAUCCACCGAACUUCAGCGCCUGCUCGAGCUCAAAUCCUCCGGCGGCGCUACCAACCUGGGCGACUACGCCAAGGCCACAAUCUGCAUCGACUUGGCGUCCGCCCUGCUCGGUCUCCCGUUCGACACGGAAACCGCGCUCAAGCUGUCCGGCCUCCGGAAGACCGCGUACGCAAACGCGAAACGAACGCUCGAGAAGCUGCUGGACAUCAACAAGAUCGUCGGCAUCGCGGAAAUUUGCAUCGCGCUGGGUCUGAGUCAGGUGCAGCGCGAGGCCACCACACUGCUGGAGGCUUACAAACGGUUCGCCGGUGGUGGCAGCGCGGUCGAGAUUGAUUUCACCCACCCGCAGUACGCCACGAUGGCCGUGUUUCAGGCGUGCAAGCGGCAGAAGGUGAAGCCGCCCAAGACGAAGCUGGUUGGGUACAGUCACUUGAAGCCGGCCCAGUGGACGCUGCUGGAGAAGAACUGGGAGAAGUUCUUGGCGAGUGCGGCGGCGUCCGAGCUGAGUGCCAAGUCGAAGCAAAAUGGGAAGGCGAUGGAGGUUGACGCGGGGGAGGAAGUUGUGGCGGAGAAACGGACUGCGGGCAACGGGUUGAAGCACGGAUUGGCGGCGGAUAAAAUUGAACCGUACGUUAGCUGGAAGAAGCGAAUGCUCGAGAAGGCCUACCGGGAAUUGAAGGUGAUGGAGCUGAAGGCGCUGGAGCAGGUGCGGUAAAAGAGGGGGAGGGAUUUUGGUUUUAAAAUCGUUUAGUUGCCAUAGAAUACGUUAUACUCCACUUUACAACAUCGAUUUAGCUAGUAAGAGUGAUUGUUUUUUUUACAGCGGAAAUAAUUUGCUAGGCUUUUCCUAAUAAAUUGAUUCUCAACAUUUAAG